AUGUUGAAAGAUUUGUAUCGUUCGAAGAAGAUGAAUUGUGGGAUUUGUCGUGUUCUAUUCGAAGAGUUGGAAUCCAAGUUGGACUCGAGAUUGGGCGAUGUUAAGAAAUCCGAUCCCCGCACUAUUGGCGUGAAAGCAUCCCUGUUCAUCCCCACCCCGAGAGAAGAUCAUCUUUACUGCCUCCAGUUCAAGAUACGAUACGAGCAAAUCCAAUGUCAAAGAACCUUUGUUUUAAGAGAAACUGAUUCCAUCGAUCCACCCCCUUUCCAGACGCCGAUCUCCGCUAGAACCUCUUCCGAUGAGGUGCUACAGCGUACUUUCCAAUGGAUGGCCAAAUGCCAAUGUCUUGAAGCAGACAUACCCAGGCUGUAUCCAGCGAGGCUCAUUAGUCUCGAGCAGCUGAAGAAGCAGCGCUUCUUAUAUACCAAGACUUUGGAAUCGAUCGACCUGUCUACAGAGGUCAAUGUUCAUCUAGUGGAAAAAUGUGACUGGGAAGACGAGCGGCCGGCCGAGAAUGUUCGCUAUGUCACCCUUUCGCACUGUUGGGGAAAGGUUGCAAAUGAAGAAGAGCGAACCAAAUUGACCUCAGAGAAUAUCGAAGAAUUCAAAAGGGGCAUCAAGUUGAACACUUUGCCUAAGACGUUUCGCCAGGCCAUGAAGUUUGCAGCGCGGCUUCCAAACGUAGGAUACAUCUGGAUCGAUAGCCUAUGCAUUAAGCAAGGCGAUGAAGUGGAUUGGCUGGAGCAGUCUGCCAGCAUGGACAAGGUAUACAGCAAUGCCUUUUUGAACAUCUCUGCUACUGCAGCAGCGAGUAGUGAAGAGGGUCUCUUCUUCGACCGUAGGCCCGAGAUCCUGGUUGAGGACGAGGUUGUUCUCAAUAUCGCUGGUCUUCCUGGCGCUCUGAGCACUUCGCAAAGCUUGUUGCCACACGCACAAGAGACUAGGAGGUCUGUGCUGCAGAUACUUGGCGCUUUCUGGCCAGUAAAGUGGCUGAUGAGCUACCUCCUGAGACGCCUAUAUUCAAUGGCAAUGGUUCUACCUGUCCGAGAAGAUCAAGCACCAAGCCUUAAGCUGACUCCAAAGAAGCUCCCAAUGCUUCAGUCUUCUCAUCAAUUGCUGAACGAGUCAGAUACGGGUAUCGGCAAAGAUACCAAAGGCAAGGAUCUACGACGAUGCACAAUUUUGGACCUUUCUUUCUGGGCGGACCGGGUCGAUAAUGCACCAGUCAACAGAAGAGGCUGGGUGCUGCAAGAGCGGCUCAUGACUCCGAGGGUGCUGCACUUCUGCCGAGAUCAGGUGGCCUGGGAGUGUUCUGAGUUCGAGGCUGCUGAAGGGCAGCCAGAAGGCAUUCCAAACUACCAGCUUACGCUUAGUGGCAUAAGGGCUGGGAGUAGACUGAAAGGUCUUAAUGCCUUGAAAGAUGGGGCCUGGGUACGCAGCAUGCGCUUGCAAGGACUGAAGGAUCCGGAUCCUCAUCUUCAACCAGGUAUAUAUGCGCUUGAACUUUGGCGUCGUAUCGUUGAGGUAUAUUCCAAGACGGCAGUCACACAGCCUGGAGAUAAGCUCAUUGCCUUGUCUGGCAUUGCUCGUUAUAUGUCCAAAGAAAUCGAGGAGACUUCGAAGGCAGCUAUUGUGCGAAAAGCUGAUUCGGCUCAGAUCAGUCAACAGAGGCUUCCAGAAAAAACGCAGUACGUGGCUGGCCUAUGGGCAUUGCACCUUGCGAGCCAACUCCUUUGGUAUAUCGAGCCAACAUUCCGGCAUGUGGACGGCAGCUUCGAACACCUCACCACGUCACCGCCGGGGUACCGUGCACCGUCCUUCUCAUGGGCCGCCAUAGAUGCCGAGAGGGGGAACGGCGUCAAGUAUGGCGAAGUGACCGACCAGGAUCUUCUCAUCACCAUCGAGGAGGUAUCAGUGACCCCACGAUCCGGAUCUGACGAGUUUGGCAUGCUUGACGAUGCUUACAUCGAACUUCAAGUGAAGUUGCGCAAAGCGCUCCUCUUCAAGAAAGGCCAGGAUCGUUUCGGUUGGCGUUUAAUCGGUCGUGAGUUUCUUGACCAAGAAGAGCAUACGGAUGUGUAUCUGGAUUGCCCUGCUAGAGACGGUGCCGAGAAGGAUAACGAGGGGAUUUUAGGCCACGAUGCGAAGAUAUUUGUGGUUCCUGCUGCACACACCGACCGGAAGGCUCCGCGGGAAUCUAAGUACUUGACUUGCCUAAUCUUGCAGCUUGACAGAGAGCGCGAAGCUGGGCCAGUGUUUAAACGAAUCGGUCUGACGAAGUUGAGUCCAUACGGAGACCACAGAGCUCUAAACGACUACGAGAUUUUGAAGCCGUACGACAGUGACGCGAAUAUGCUGUGGGACGUACCUUAUGAUCCGGUGACAGGUAUGCACCGCAUUCGUCUGGUCUGA